AAGAUUUUCUUGCCUGAAUAUCUGUAGUUUUUUUUUGUUGUUGUUGCAGUUUUUGGCCUGGGCUAGGUUUGAACCCACCACCUCCAGCAUAUAAGAAUGGUGCCUUACGCCUUUGAGCCACAGGUGCCACCCUACCUGUAGUUCUUUUUAAUGAGAACUAAAAGGAACAGGGCAUGUAUACUAGUUGCUAAAGAAGAGGCAUUCCCUGUGGAGAAGGGAAAGGUGGAAAGCAGGUGGAAAAAUAAGAACAGACAAUUGUCUUAGUAAUGUAGACAGGUGUCACCUCUAAUACAGGGUUUAGUACUGCUGUGCCCCAAGUAAACAGUAAGCACUUAUUGUAUGAAUAGAAAUAUUAGUGAUUAAGUUGUUACCAAUUAGUAAAUGAUUAAACCGAGAAUCAGAACAAAUGUACCACUGGUGAGCUACAAAUACAUUAGCCUAGUUUUCCUUCUUUUCCCUCGCCAAGGCAUUUUAAAUGCCACACUGAACGUUUCCAGAGAAAAGGCCUCACAAACAGGUUGGAACCGCGGGUAUUAAAUGUGCCAAGGCUGUAUUCUCAGGUACCUACGACAUCUGCACCCGGACAGUCGUAGUUUCUACAUAAAACAGCAAAGUCGGGAAGGAGGGAAGAGGGUGGGGCCUUGGUGUGUGGCACACCUUUUGGGGGCAAGACACUAUUGUAAGAGGGACUUCACCUAACAAAUGCAGUCAGUGUAACCUGGUUUCUUGUACCCUCAAUGAAUCCUCAACAAUAAAAAAAAAAAAAAGCAGAGUCUCUAGGUCCUUCAUGAAGUAGCAACGAAAAUAAUUUUAUGGUUGGGGGUCACCACAACAUGAGGAACUGUAAGGGUCGCGGCAUUAGGAAGGUUGAGAACCACUGCGAUGAUAUUACAACAGCAGCAGUGGUUAUGUUCCAGGGCUAAAUCCAGGAAAACAGUGAGCAAUGCCGGUGACUAGCAAAGUACAUGUAAACGCCAAGGUACAUGCAUGACUUAGUGACGUUAGCUUACGCCGCGUCCCAGACACUUGUAACUAAGGCCAUCUUCAUAAAGCUCUGCAACGGGCCACUCGAUUUCAGCAACGCAGACUCCGAAUAGGUUACGAGCGCUCCAGCGUCGUCUUUCUAAUUGGUCCUUUCUGCCUCCGCUCAGCCUCUAGCAACCGAGAAUUUUUUUUUUCUGGCGCAUGCGCACCACCUGCUUCCGGCCCGGGAACUACGUGUUCCGUUCUUUCUCGCCCGAGUAUACUUCCUGUCCCAUUUUCCGCGGCCUGGUUUUCUGUGUGCAAUGGCUCCCGACUCCGGUCCCUUGCCCGAAGGUCCGCUCUUGAAGUUGCUACCCUUGGACGCUAGAGACCGGGGUACCCAGCGCUGCCGCGUGGGCCCGGCCGCCCUCCGCGCCUUGGGCGCGCACUUGGGCUCGGCGGUGAAGAUCUCGCUGCCCGACGGUGGUUCCUGCCUCUGCACUGCCUGGCCUCGGCGGGACGGAGCGGACGGCUUUGUGCAGCUGGAUCCUCAGUGCGCGAGCCCCGGGGUAGCUGUGGGGGCGCCGGAGUCUCGGGGGAGUCUUAGCCUAAGCCGCCUCCUCCUGGUACCCUGCCCGCCCCUGCGGCGCCUCACGGUGUGGCCAGUGUUGCGAGAGCGGGUGGGGGCGUCCGGUGCCCCGAACCCAGCCGUGGUACUGGAGACGGCGCAGGAGCUGCUGAGGAACCGGCCGAUCUCCCUAGGCCACGUGGUGGCCGCUCCGCCGGGCACUCCUGGCCCGGUGACCGCCCUUCACAUAGUCGGCGGAUCGCCCAACCCUGAUCCUGCCGGACUGGUCACUCCUCGCACCCGCAUCGACCUUUGCGGGGAGGCUCCGUCGGAAGCUCAUCCGCUGCCCAAGGUGCCUCUGGGGGGUCUUUCGGAGGCUGCAGAUUCGCUGCGGGAGCUCCUCUGCCUGCCACUCCGCUAUCCCCGCACCCUGGCCACGCUAGGGCUAGCGGUGCCCCGCGGGGUGCUCCUGGCCGGCCCCCCCGGAGUAGGCAAGACCCAGCUGGUGCGGGCGGUGGCACAGGAGGCGGGCGCGAAGCUGCUGGCAGUAAGUGCUGCGGUUCUGCAGGGCUCUCGGCCUGGGGAGACCGAGGAGAACGUGCGACGGGUCUUCCAGCGUGCCCAGGAGCUGGCUAGUUGCGGGCCCAGCCUUCUCUUCCUGGACGAGGUGGACGCCUUAUGUCCCCGGCGGGGCGGUGCACACCGAGCCCCUGAGAGUCGCGUGGUGGCGCAGGUGUUGACGCUGCUGGAUGGCAUCAGUGGGGACCGCGAGGUAGUGGUUGUGGGAGCCACCAACAGGCCUGACGCACUAGAUCCAGCGAUGCGCAGACCCGGGAGAUUUGACCGAGAGGUUGUUAUCGGAACUCCCACACUUAAACAAAGAAAGGCUAUUCUGCAAGUGAUUACUUCAAAGAUGCCCAUCUCCAGUGGUGUUGAUUUGGGCCUUCUUGCAGAAAUGACAGUUGGCUAUGUCGGUGCUGACCUGACAGCGCUCUGUAGGGAGGCUGCCAUGCAUGCUCUCCUUUAUAGUGAGAAGAAUCAGGACAACCCUGUGAUUGAUGAAACAGACUUCCUUGAAGCUUUUAAAAAGAUUCAACCCUCAUCAUUUCGAAGUGUCAUUGGAUUGACAGACAUCAAGCCUGUUGGGUGGGAGCAGAUUGGUGGCCUUGACGAUAUAAAACUGAAGUUAAAACAGAGCAUUGAGUGGCCUCUUAAAUACCCUUGUGAAUUUGCUAGAAUGGGCCUGACACAGCCAAAGGGAAUUCUCCUCCUUGGGCCCCCUGGAUGUGCUAAAACCACUCUGGUGAGGGCCCUGGCCACAAACUGUCAUUGUUCUUUCAUUUCAGUGAGUGGAGCUGAUCUCUUUUCACCUUUUGUUGGAGAUUCAGAAAAAGUCUUGUCUCAGGUAUUUCGACAAGCAAGAGCAAAUACUCCAGCAAUUGUGUUUUUGGAUGAAAUUGAUUCUAUCUUGGGAGCUCGGUCAAUCAUCAAAACAGGAUGUGAUGUUCAAGAGAGAGUUCUUUCUGUUCUCCUCAAUGAAUUAGAUGGUGUUGGACUGAAGACAAUAGAGAGAAGAGGAAGUAAAUCAAAUCAACAGGAGAUGCAAGAAUUUUUCAGUCUAAAUGUCAUGAUUGUUGCAGCAACAAAUAGACCUGAGGUGUUAGAUGAUGCCUUGUUACGACCUGGAAGACUAGAUAAGAUUAUCUAUAUUCCACCUCCAGACCAAAAGGGCAGGCUUUCUAUUUUAAAAGUCUACACAAAAAACAUGCCAAUAGGGCCUGAUGUCUCCUUAGAAAACCUAGCAGAAGAAACUUGUUUUUUUUCUGGAGCUGAUCUUAGAAACCUCUGCAAAGAAGCUGCCUUGCUGGCUUUGCAAGAAAAUGGACUAGAAGCAACCGCAGUGACACAGGAGCACUUUCUAAUGACACUUAGGACUGUAAAACCAUCCUUAAGUCCCAAGGACUUGACUAUAUAUGAAAACUUAUUUAAGAAAGGAUUUUCUGGGUGGCGCCUGUGGCUCAGUGAGUAGGGCGCCAGCCCCAUAUACCAAGGGUGGCGGGUUCAAACCCAGCCCCGGCUGAACUGCAACCAAAAAAUAGCCGGGUAUUGUGGCAAGCGCCUGUAAUCCCAGCUGCUCGGGAGGCUGAGGCAGGAGAGUCGCGGAAGCCCAAGAGCUAGAGGUUGCUGUGAGUCCUAUGACAUCAUGGCGUUCUACCGAAGGCGGUAAAGUGAGACUCUGUCUCUACAAAAAAAAAAAAAAGAAAGGAUUUUCUGACUUAGAAAAUAUUUAAAAAUUACUUUAUACCCUUGUUCAGUUCACACUAGGUGAAAUGUGAACUUGAUUGUAGUUUGCAACUUAAUAUUUUUAGAAUUUGUGUUUCCUGUAAAUAAAAAAACUUGUGCCUCAUAAGCUAAGUCUUAUGUUAUUUCUAAAAGCUAUAUAAAAUACUGCACUAGGGCGGUGCCUGUGCCUCAGUGGGUAGGGUGUCAGCCCCAUAUACCAUGGGGUGGCGGGUUCAAACCCUGCCCUGGCCAAACUGCAACAACAAUAAAAAAAAAAGCUGGGCAUUGUGGUCAGCACCUGUAGUCCCAGCUACUCAGGAGACUGAGGCAAGAGAAUGGCCUAAGCCCAGAACUUGGAGGUUGCUGUGAACUGUGUGACGCCACGAGGAAGAAAGUGUGUAUGUGUUGAUUUUGUUUUAAGGGUAGCUGUUGUAAGUGGGUCCCUUUUGGAAGGAGGCUGCUUUUUGGUAGAUAUUUUUUUCAACAUUGAAACUUCAUACUUAAGAGAAAAGUUGUGAAAACAGUACAAAGAACCCUUACAUACUCUAAGCCAGAGUCGAUUUUUAACACUUUGCUACAUUUGCUUUCCCUUACCCUGCCCCCCACAUGAAGUAUUUCCCUGAACCAUUUGAGAACAGAUUAUGUCAUGCCCAUUUACCACCUUAGUACAUCAUUGUUUAUUUCUCACCAAUAAAGUUAUCGAAUGGCCACAGUGCAGUUACCAAAUUCAGGAAAUUUAACAUUAAUAACAGCGUUUUAACUUGGUAACAAAUUCCAUACUUACCUGGCAGGGGAGAUACCAUGAUCACGAAGGUGGUUUUCCCAGGGCGAGGCUUAUCCAUUGCACUCCGGAUGUGCUGACCCCUGCGAUUUCCCCAAAUGUGGGAAACUCGACUGCAUAAUUCGUGGUAGUGGAGGACUGCGUUUGCGCUUUCCCCUGUUUUAAAAAAAAGAAAAAGUAAAAAAAAACUUGGUAACAAAUUCCAUGCAUUGUCCCUAUAAUGUCCUGUAUAUAAUUUUUCCCAGUAUAGGAUGCAAUGGGAAAAAAUUACAAUAUUACUUGUCCUGUCUCUAGCCUUUUUUAACUUGAAACAGUCUUGACCCUGACAUUUUUGAAAAAGAUAGACCAAUUAUUGCGUUUGCUUUUUUGUCACGGUAGAUUUUCAGGUAAUGUCUCACCAAUAAUACACUACAUAGUGGUGUGUACUCAGUUACACACUUGGAGGCACAUGAUGUCAGCACAUUAUUGGAUUUUAAUUUUCAUCACUUGUUUAUUGUCAA